ACUAGCAGCAGUCCGAACUCCAACGUACUGAAUUAUUAUUAUUAUUUUAGAUUGAAACUGAUAGUUGAUAAUUUCUGCCAUUGUUCAAUUUGUGAUAUAAAAAUUGUUUUUUUUUAUAAACAAUUAAAAUAAUGGGACGGUGUUGUGUAGUAAAUGGUUGUUUAAGUGGUCGUAAAGUGCAAGAAGACAAAAAUAUUUUACAUUUACGAAAACAUCGCUUAUUCAAAGUGCCAAAGAAGCCAGACUUACUGGAAAAAUGGAGCACAGCAAUUGGCCAAGAGUUGAAAUCAACAAACUGUGUUUGUGAAUUACAUUUUAAAAAAACUGAUAUUAUUAAGUUAGAUAGCACAACGUUACCAGAUGGAAAUGUUUUUGUAUCUGACAGGUGCAGAGCUACAAUAAAACCAGGUGCAAUACCUCACUUAAAUGUAAAUCAAUGUUAUGAUAGUGGCUGCGAUAAUGAUAAUUUAUCAGUUAUCAAUUCUAUGGACAUUGUUGAUGACGAAGUCAACGUUGAUGUCCUUCAAGAAAAUAAUUCCUUAUUAAUACAGCCUGUUGUCAAUAAUUUAGAAAAUGUAAACGCUAUAAAACAUGCUGAUCUUUUUUGGCAAGAUUAUAUUUUAACUACUUCUAUCGUAGAUGAUCCUAUAUUAUUGAAUAAUGUUGUUGAUAAUGAAAAUAGGAGUAAUAUAAACAAUAAUGGCAUGAGUAGUGUUCAUUACCCAAGUGAUAAUUCUGUAUCAAACAGUGAAAGUGUCUUAUUAAUUUCUGGAAAUUGUAAUGUAGAACUUAAAAAUAAUAAUGAUCAGCAGUUAUCUGUACAUGAUAUUUAUAAUGCAUUAGAAGUGAAACCUUUACCAAGGAAUUGGAGUUGGACGUUUGAUCAUAACCAAACUAUAAUACUAUCGUAUUUAGAUUCAACUUGUUUCAAACUUAAAUGUCAUCUAAAAAUAAAAAACGAUUUAACAGUUACAAUUGUAAAUGCGUGUACAGACGUAUGUAUCGAUUUAUCUGAAGAAAUUCCACAAAUCGAAACUGUUUGGGAAAUUUUAAAUAAAGCUGAAAAUUAUUAUUUUUGCAGUGGAACCGGAUAUAAUGAAAACAAAGUUUCAUCUGGUUGUAAAGGUAUUCUGUCAUCUGAUGAAUAUAAGAAAAAAAUGCCACUAUACCGAUGCAUUGCUUGUCGACAAGCAAGACAAAAUAUACAAAACCGGAAUAAUAAACAAAGUAAAGAUUUUAAGGGAUUAUAUAAUAGUAAAAAGAUUGAAUUGGUUUUAGAGAAAAAAAAAAUAAGACGUCUCAGUGAAAAGACUCCAGAUGGUAUAGUCAAGAAAUCUCAUUGGAUUGCAUUAUUAAAAUACGAAGGACAUUUAAAUAUGAAUUUGAGGAUGGCUCACAAUUUAUCAAUGCAUAAUGUCAAUCCACAAGGCUUCACAAAAAUGAAUGUACCUCUUGCUAUCGAGUUAUUUUCUAAAAAAGUUCGAGCAGCUAUGGAAACGCUUAAAAAUGAACCAAAUUGCCCGGAGUUGGAAGAUAGCGACGCAACUAUUGCGUUUAUCACUAAAGUCGGGAAUCUGAUUAAAGCAAUGAUGUCAAGGACACCCAUGGAUGCUUUGAGACCUGAUGAUGAGAAUCUGUCUAAAAAGGCAAUCGUUGAAUUUAUAAAUUAUUUACGUACAUGGCAGUCAAAAGCAACAGAAGAAAAAGAAAAACAGAAAUUGAAAGUAAAAAAUGAAAAAGUAAAGAAAAGAAAAAGUAAAACAACAAAUGAUUUCGAUGAUAUGAAUUCCGAUGAUUUUUUUUUUGCAAUUACCGCCAGUACUUUGUCAGGACUUUUAAUCUCAUUACAGUCGACUUUAGAAUUAUUAGAUUUUCUACAUGACAAAUGCGGUUACAGUUAUUUAAUGACAGCUCGUGUGACGCAGGAUAUGUUAGAGUUUUUUGGGAUAAUCCGUAGUGCGUGCGGUAGUAAUGACCAUCCAGACCCCAUUCUAUUCGGACAAGUAUUGCGCUUACUUUGUUCUUAUUCUUUGGCAACUCCGCCUAAAGGAUCUAAUGUCACCGCUGGUGAACUACUUGAGUCAUUAAUCCAAACAAAAGAAUCUUUAGCUGCUGCUGUUGCUCCUAAAAAAGAUUGGUUGCAAAAAAUUGACGAAAUAAUUGAAAACGGUUGCUCUGACGAGAUAUGCGCUGCUGAAAAUGAAACUGAAAGUUCAGGUUACGUUGAUAGUGUCACUGAUAAUGAUUGUUCUAUGAAUUAUGACCACUUAUUCAUUGAUGAUGACGAUGAUGAUGAUGAUAAUAAUGAUGAUAAUGAUGAUGAUGAUGAUGAAGAAACAGAAAAAGAUGCAAAAAAAAAAGAAAUUGAACAUGAACAUUUACCAGAUCCUCGAUUGCAACACGAUUAUGAUGUAGCUUAUAGCAGCGAGUAUGUAAUUUCUUACAUUGCUGGAUAUAUAGCUAGGAAAAUGAAUAGAUUCUCCAAAUGUUUUGAUUGUGUUCAAUGUAUGCAAUCAAAUAACCCAAGUGAGCGCGAUAAAUAUAUCAAAAUUAUGAGUGACGGCUACUUGAUUUAUCCUAGUGAAAAUCUAUUUGUUCUCAUAGAACAUUUAGAGAGAAUAGUAUUGACCACCGUUGGUACUAAGACCAUUACUAUUGAUACUAUGUGUUUUUUAUCAUAAAAAAUAUUUAAAUCAAAAAGGAAUGUCUAAAUAAAUUCAUGAUAAAUUUAAUAAGAACAAAACUAAUGUCUUAUUAAUGAUUGUAUAAUUUAAUGCACUUCCGUUAGAUUUUACAAUACAAACAAAAGUAAUUAUAAUGAAAUUUAGGUAUAAACUUAAAUUGUAAAAAAUGGUCAAGUUAAACGAACAAUAAUUCUUGGUUGUUAUAAGUCGAAGUAAGAAUACGGUUUAAUUAGUACGGAGAGAACUCGGCGAGUCUCGACAAAUGAUAUUUUGGAUAAUGGAGAGAAUUCAAAAGAAUCUCGACAGAUCGGGUCAACUGAUGGUUGAUAACUAACUAUGUCUUAAAAGAACGAACUUGAGUCUGAGUCCCCGAUCGUGACGUCAGAGUCCCCAAGGGUGGGUGGGAAAAAGGUCAGCUGGGGGUGUCUUCGGAAAAUUUGGACAUCUGAUUGGCAAGCGGAAAAUAGACAGGAGGGGCAGAUAGGCGAAGGAAGAAGGGUAGAACGAACGAGAGAAACUAAGGAAAGACCAAUAAGGAAAGGAAAAGGAUAGAACUCUCGAAGUACUGUACUACGGUAGAACAAUACAAGAAACACAUGGGCUUGAAGAAGGCAUGGGAAAGUAUUUUAGGAUCGAAGGAGUAAUAAAGUAAUUUAGUUCAGCUGGCGGGACAGUGGUAAAAAUGGAUAUUUUUUGGAGACUUAGGACUGAACCCUUGAGGAUUAAGUCAUAAAUUAUUAGUCUGUUUAAGUUUUUUGUUACUAUCCGUACUUCGACAUACAACAAUUAGGAUUUGAUUUUAAAUAUAGAAAGCAAAUACUGGACUUAUGAUAAAUAUUAUUUAAAGGCACAAAUAUUUAAGCAAAGUUUGCCGAGAGAAUAAAAUUUAAACAUUUGAAAAUUCUCACGGACUUUAGCGACACAAAAAUAUAUAUAAUAAAAUAUAAUAAUAAAAAAAAAA